AAGAAGUCAACUGCCCCGAAUAACCUUAUUACUGUAAUUCUUUCCUUUUGGUUUGGCGCCAAUUCUCCCUCAGUCUCUCUCUCUCUCUCUCUCUCUCUCUAAACCCUAGUCUCACUCCCAUGCUCUAAUCAAUCACCACCUAGGGUUUCAUAAUCGGCUUCAAACAACGUUGUUUAGUGAAUCUUCGUCGAAAGCAAUACAGGCAAUCCUCUACAAUGUCGGAGCGUCGAGCUAAGCGGCCCAAGAUCACCAGGGGUGAAGAUGAUUAUAUGCCCGGAAACAUAACUGAGAUUGAGCUUCAUAACUUCAUGACUUUUAAUCACUUGAAAUGCAAACCUGGGUCCAGACUAAAUCUCGUAAUUGGACCAAAUGGAUCUGGUAAGAGCUCUCUUGUCUGUGCGAUAGCGCUUGGUCUUGGUGGUGAGCCUCAGCUGCUUGGGAGAGCAACAAGUAUUGGUGCAUUUGUGAAGCGUGGAGAGGAGUCUGGCUAUACUAAGAUUACAUUGAGAGGGGAGACUGAAGAACAGCAGAUUAGCAUUAUGCGUAAAAUUGACACGCGUAACAAGUCUGAGUGGUUGUUCAAUGGAAAAGCAGUACCCAAAAAAGAAGUAGUAGAAGUCAUUCAACGGUUCAACAUCCAAGUAAACAAUUUGACUCAAUUUCUACCACAAGACAGGGUUUGUGAAUUUGCCAAAUUGACUCCGGUGCAACUUCUAGAAGAGACUGAAAAGGCUGUUGGUGACCCUCAACUUCCUAUCCACCACCGUGCACUUAUUGAAAAAAGCAAGGAGUUGAAGAAUAUAGAGCGAGCGGUUGAGAAAAAUGGAGAAACUUUGAAUCAGCUGAAGGCACUUAUUGCUGAACAAGAGAAAGAUGUUGCAAGAGUCCGUCAAAGAGAAGAACUUCUUGCAAAGGCUGCUUCCAUGAAAAAGAAACUACCAUGGCUAAAGUAUGACAUGAAGAAGGCUGAAUAUAUGGUGGCUAAGGCACAGGAGAAUGACGCGAAAAAGAAAUUAGAUGAAGCUGCUAAAAUUUUAAAUGAUCUGAAAGAACCAGUCGAGAUACAAAAGCAAGAGAAGGCUAGGUUGGAAAGUAAAAGCAAAAAGAUAGGCAUUCUCAUCAAUGAAAAUGCAAAGAUGCGUUCUGAACUUUUGGAAAUGGAAAACGGCUUGGGAGUGCGUGUACGAGGAAACUACCAAGAAAUUGAAGACUUGAAAAAGCAAGAAGAAUCUCGUCAACAAAGAAUCUUAAAAGCCAAAGAGGAUCUCCAUGCUGCAAUAUCGGAACUCAAAAACAUGCCUGUGUAUAAACCUCCUACCGAAGAAAUUGAAAGAUUGCGCUCUCAAAUUCUAGAGCUUGAAGUUUCUCUAAAAGAAAAGAGGCCUCAAAAAUUAGAGAUGGAAAACCAAAUAAAACAGAAGAGGGUAUCCCUUAGACAAUGCACGGACAGGUUGAAAGAUAUGGAGAAUACAAGCACUAAGCUUCUUCAUGCAUUGCGGAACCAAGGAGCUGAGAGGAUAUUUGAUGCUUAUAAUUGGGUUCAAGAACAUCGCCAUGAAUUCAAUAAGGAGGUUUAUGGCCCUGUACUGCUUGAGGUUAAUGUUGAUGAUCGGGUUCAUGCUGAUUACUUAGAAGGUCAUGUUGCUAACUAUAUUUGGAAGUCUUUCAUAACUCAAGAUUCUGGUGAUCGGGACCAUCUGGUCAAAAACCUCAGGUCAUUUGAUGUUCCAGUUUUAAAUUAUGUGGACAAAGAAAGUUCACGGAAAAAGCCCUUUGAAAUUUCUGAGGAGAUGCAUGCGCUUGGCAUCUAUUCCCGACUUGACCAAGUUUUUAAUGCUCCAUUAGCUGUGAGGGAGGUCUUGAUAAGCCAAUCUGGUUUGGAUAGAUCAUAUAUUGGAUCCAAGGAAACUGAUCAGAGGGCUGACGAGGUCUCAAACUUGGGAAUUUCUGAUUUUUGGACACCGGAAAAUCACUACAGGUGGUCUUCCUCUAGAUAUGGUGGUCAUUCCUCAGCAAUUGUAGAAUCAGUCGACCGUUCAAAACUUUUCUUGUGUAGUUUGGAUGGUGGAGAAGUAGAAAAAUUGAAGACCCGGAAAAUAGAGCUAGAAGAAUCUAUUAAUGAUUUAGAGGAAAGUGUUGGAUCACUUAAGACUGAGCAAAGACAUUUAGAAGAUGAAGCAGCUAAACUACAAAAAGAAAGGGAGGAGAUAAUAAGCAUUGCACAACAUGAGAAGAAGAAGCGGCGUGAAAUGGAAAACCGUAUUAAUCAAAAGAAGAAGAAAUUAGAAUCUAUGGAAAAGGAGGAUGACCUGGAUACUGCUAUAGCAAAGCUAAUUGACGAAGCUGCAAAAUGUAAUAAUGAGCGGUUUCAUUGCGCAAUGAAAUUUAAGAAUCUACUUGUUGAGGCUGUUUCUCAUAAACAGAAUUUUGCUGAAAAACAUUUGGCCUCCAUUGAACUUGAUGCCAAGAUUAGAGAAUUGGAGGCCAAUAUCAAGCAACAUGAAAAAGCUGCGCUUCAAGCAUCAAUGCAUCUCGAGGAUUCCAAGAAGGUGGUUGAGGAUUAUCGGCAGCAACUUUCAGCUGCCAAGAGGCAUGCAGAAUCAAUUGCGGCGAUCACACCGGAACUUGAGAAAGAAUUUCUUGAGAUGCCUACUACAAUCGAAGAAUUGGAGGCUGCUAUUCAAGAUAAUGUCUCUCAAGCCAAUUCUAUGCUCUUUUUAAACAACAAUAUACUGGCAGAAUAUGAACACCGCAAGCGCCAGAUUGAGGGAAUUGAAACAAAAUUAGAUGCAGACAAAAAUGAGUUAACAAGGCAUAAAACUGAAGUGGAUAACCUGAAGCAAAGUUGGCUUCCUACUUUGAGAAACCUUGUUUCUCAAAUAAAUGAGACUUUCAGCCGUAACUUCCAAGAGAUGGCUGUUGCUGGCGAAGUUUCAUUAGAUGAGCACGGUGUGGACUUUGAUCAAUAUGGUAUACUUAUAAAAGUGAAGUUCAGACAAGCAGGAGAGCUUCAAGUUCUCAGCGCCCACCAUCAAUCUGGAGGGGAGCGUUCAGUUUCAACUAUUCUUUAUCUUGUUUCUCUUCAAGACCUUACAAACUGCCCCUUUAGGGUUGUUGAUGAGAUAAACCAAGGAAUGGAUCCUAUAAAUGAAAGAAAAAUGUUCCAGCAAUUAGUAAGGGCUGCAAGCCAGCUAAACACACCUCAGUGUUUCCUACUGACUCCAAAGUUGCUACCGGAUCUGGAAUACAGUGAAGCUUGCAGCAUUUUGAAUAUAGUGAAUGGUCCUUGGAUUGAGCAGCCCUCUAAAGUGUGGAGCAGUGGAGAUUGCUGGGGAACUGUCACCGGCUUAGUAGAAGAAGGUAGAUGCUGAAGAAUUUGUACAUACACAAAAAUGGAGCUCAUGCCAUGUUGGGAGUAAUUCAUAACUGAGCCAAACCAUUGUCCCAAAUUGAUAUAUAUAUAUAUAUAUAUUUGUUCCGUAUAAAUUAUUACUUUCCAUUUGGAAUUUUUCCACCUUUGUAAAGCUGAAUCAUGGCUACGUUUUGACAAUUUAAUUUACAAGGGAAAUUUUGGAAAAGAAAAAUGCGAAGGAAUCUAGUUUCCAUUGUUUGGUUCAAAAAAAAAAUAUGUAAAGGAGUAAAAUGUUACGUACAGUUAAUAAACGAUAUUUACGCAUGCUAGAAAACUUAUAUCCAUAGAAAACAA